CCUUUGCCCCGGCAGUGAAAGGAGUCGACGGCAUGGCGACCAAGAAGGCGGACGCGGCCGUGCCGGCGGAGGAGAGCGACCAGCUGCUCAUCCGUCCCCUAGGCGCGGGGCAGGAGGUCGGGAGGUCCUGUAUCAUCCUCGAGUUCAAGGGAAGGAAAAUCAUGCUGGACUGUGGGAUCCACCCGGGACUGGACGGAAUGGACGCACUGCCCUACAUUGACAUCAUCGACCCCGCCGAGAUCGACCUCCUGCUCAUCAGCCACUUUCACCUGGAUCACUGUGGGGCCCUGCCGUGGUUCCUGCAGAAGACCAGCUUUAAGGGCAGGACUUUCAUGACCCACGCCACCAAGGCUAUCUACCGCUGGCUGCUGUCCGACUUCGUCAAAGUCAGUAACAUCUCGGCCGACGACAUGCUGUACACAGAGCAGGACCUGGAGGACAGCAUGGACAAGAUCGAGACCAUCAACUUCCAUGAGGUGAAGGAGGUGGCCGGCGUCAAGUUCUGGUGCUACAACGCGGGGCACGUGUUGGGCGCCGCCAUGUUCAUGAUCGAGAUCGCGGGAGUGAAGGUGCUGUACACAGGUGACUUCUCGCGUCAGGAAGACCGACAUCUCAUGGCCGCCGAGAUCCCCAGUGUCAAACCCGACAUCCUCAUCAUCGAGUCAACGUACGGGACUCACAUCCAUGAGAAGCGCGAGGAGCGCGAGGCGCGCUUCUGUAACACAGUGCAGGACAUCGUGAAUCGUGGGGGGCGCUGCCUCAUCCCCGUCUUCGCGCUAGGACGGGCGCAGGAGUUGCUGCUCAUCCUGGACGAAUAUUGGGGGAACCACCCGGAGCUGCACGACAUCCCCAUCUACUAUGCCUCCUCCCUUGCCAAGAAGUGCAUGGCCGUGUACCAGACGUAUGUGCACGCCAUGAACGAUAAGAUCCGCAAGCAGAUCAGCAUCAGCAACCCGUUCGUCUUCAAGCACAUCAGCAACCUCAAGAGCAUGGAUCACUUUGAUGACAUCGGGCCCAGCGUUGUGAUGGCCUCCCCGGGGAUGAUGCAGAGCGGGCUUUCACGCGAGCUCUUUGAGAGUUGGUGCACGGAUAAACGUAACGGUGUCAUCAUCGCCGGCUACUGCGUGGAGGGCACGCUCGCCAAGCACAUCAUGUCGGAACCUGAGGAGAUCAUGACCAUGUCCGGCCUCAAGCUGCCACUCAAGAUGUCGGUGGACUACAUCUCGUUCUCGGCGCACACAGACUACCAGCAGACGAGCGAGUUCAUCCGCGCACUCAAACCCCCACACGUGGUGUUGGUGCACGGGGAGCAGAACGAGAUGGGGCGGCUCAAGGCGGCCAUCAUCCGUGAGUACGAGGACAACAAGGAGGUGUCGAUGGAGGUUCACAACCCACGCAACACCGAAGCCGUCGCGCUGCACUUCCGCGGAGAGAAGCUUGCCAAGGUGAUGGGAAUGCUGGCGGUGAGAAAGGCCGAGCAGGGGCAGAGGAUUUCAGGGAUUCUGGUGAAGAGGAACUUCAACUACCACAUCCUGGCCCCCAACGACCUGUCCAAUUACACGGAGCUGACGAUGAGCCAUGUGACCCAGUGCCAGGCGGUGCCGUACACGGGGCCUCUCACACUGCUGGCCCAUCACCUCCAGACGCUUGCUGGCGACGUGGAGGAGGUGGAGGUUGGAGACAAGCCAGCGCUGCGUGUGUUCCGUGCCGUCACCAUCAUCCAGGAGCCUGGCAUGGUGGUCCUGGAGUGGGUCGCCAACCCCGUGAGUGAUAUGUACGCCGACGCUGUCGUCACGGUAGUACUGGAAGUUCAAUCCAACCCUAAGCUCUGCAAAGUUCCGCACCAUGGACCACCUGAGAAGACGCACAGCGCCGUGUUCCUGCAGAGGGUCCUCACCAUGCUUAGCGACAUGUUCGGAGAGGACUCGGUGUCGCUGUCGCAGGCUGGGGAUGCCCUCUCGGUGAGCGUGGACGGACGCACGGUCAACGUCUCCCUGGACACGUGUCGUGCCGAGUGUGCCGAGGGGAACGAGGAGGAGGAUGAGGUUCUGCGAGAGAUGCUGCAGAGCUGCGUCACUCGCCUCUUCCGCUCGCUCGCGCCUGUCAUUGUGUGACAAGCAUGGGGGGGCCCUGCCAGGGGACCCACGGGACCCCGCGUCAGGAACACAGGAGGCCCACGGAAACAAGCACGGAUGGAGACGGGGAGAGCUUGUGACACCAGUUGCAGGCUUGAGCAUAGCUCGGUCUCGAACUUGAUGAUACUGACCCACACCACCCAGUAAAUUUUACGAACUCGCUAUCCCAUACUCCUGGCACCAUGACCUUGCCACCGUUUCUCCAGCACUUGCGUUUUCUUACCAGCGAAGCUGUGAUGGCGAGGGUGAUAGUUGGGAGGAGGAGGUUCUGAGUCGACCUGGAGCUGGGCUGGGCAGUGUGCCAGCCAGGGUGGUGAGAUCCGUGCGCUUCAACAACGCACGGCCCUGAGCCCACGCUCAUGUGAGCAGUGCAUCCACGCUCCACCUGGAGCGGCUCCACACACAGGCUCUCCGUGGAACCAGAGCUGUGGUCAAUUAUAAUUACAAUUAUAGCAUUGUUAGAUAACAUUACAAUUAUUUAGAGUGAUAGCAAUUGGUUAUUAGAAUUAUUUGACCUCGGGUCUUAAUGGAGCAAUCCUCCACGUGGAGCUGUUGUCUUUGUGGAGCUGCGCUAUGUAUGGAGCCAGACUUUCGCGUGCAGUGGCAGUCGACGUGAAAUGACACGUGUGGUAUGUACGAAGAACUUCUUUUGCACCAUCCGUGUGAAAUAACUGCUUUUUGUGUUUAGUUGCCCUCGCACACCUCCGAUUAGCACAGUUGGCAACGUAUAGUGCGAAAGAAGUUCAACAUGCAUAUGUAGCCAAUUGCACGAAUCGGAGGUGCGGCUGAAGGGCAACAAACUAACCCGAAUAGAUCGUUGGUGAGAAUGUGCCCGUUUCGCCAUGAUGACGCAUCCGCUCGUGCGCUCUGCAAGCCCCUCCGUGGCACUGGGCAGGUGGCACCUUGCAGGAGCAGCGACUCUAUGGGGGCUACCCUCGGUGCUGCCCAGUGCACAACACGUGCUGGGCACACUUCUUGGCACUGUCCCGAGCUGGGAUGUGUCUGGACAGGAUACUGCCAUCGGGAUGGGAUGUGUUCCAAUAAACGUAUUUUGCAGAAA